AGAAUUAGUUGACAAAAUAUAGCUUUUUGUAGAGAUAUGACUUAAACGUUAUAAAACUGGCCGUCAUACAACCGCAUUUUGUUACGACCAAAGAAUAUCUUUCGAAAUUCGAUUAUAUUUUUUACCUUUUCUCGAAAAGUACAACGACAGUUUAAUAAGUAGUCCGAUGACUUCACUAUCGCAAGAUAACUUUGUAACGUUUGUUAUAGUAUUCUCGACGAAUCAAACUUGUAGUUUUGUUUUGCACGUGGAAACGUGUGGGUCCGCAGAUUUUAGAAAAAUGAAAGGAGAAUAAUAUUGGUCAGUGACUCGAGGCAUGUUAUAAGAAAGAAAAUUGUGAAGAUUUGCAUAUGUUGACCGUUCGAUUAGAGUUUUCGCGUUGGUUUGUAAUAAGUUGCGACUAUAGCUAAGUUGGACUAUAGCGAACCAAAUGAACACAAUGUUGUAUUUGUGGACCGCCGAUUGAAGAUGAAAAAGAUGGUAAGGAUCUCAAAAAUACAUUGGUCAUGUACUGCUUAAAAUAAUGGGCGUGACGAAACUGUGUACACAAUGCAGUGCCGCGUUUUCUCAAUCUGAACACGAAGAACCAUGAAUCCACUGAUACAGACCAGAGACCAAGGAACAGUCGAAACAGUUAGCAUCUGAAGAGUCGAAAAAUGUGAAGGUUUACAGAGCAUAAUCGAAAGGUUAUGGCCACUGUUUUCUGAGAUUCACAAGGUAUAAUCUACAUCGACUGCCUAUAAAAGACGAAAUGCUCAUGGGGGUCUACUAUGAAGAAUUAUUGAGUCGAUUCGAUGCGGAAUUACAGAACGCCCCUUCAGCAAAUUUUCUCAGGUGAAAUCGUCGAUCAACUCUCUACAAACAAUAUCACACAUAACAAUUCGGUUAUCUCGGCGAACCCGAAUGGUAAAAAUUCGACAUAACACGAACCAAACUGUUGAUUUGCAAGAAUUCACCUUCUUUAAUUUCGUUUACAAAUCAUUCCAAGCUGUCACGCUAGUGAUGAAUGUGUAGCUUACGACUGCAAAAACAAAGUAUUUUAAUUAAUUGGAUUUUCAAUGAGAUCGUUGUCCGAUGGAUUUUAUCAAUUAAGCAUGUUCAGCAUAUGUAGAGCGCUAAUAUCCGGCGCAAACACAUUUAAUUUGCCUGUUACAUGCAUAUUUCAAUCACAAAUUUAAAUAAAUUACAUUGCAAUGUGCAGUAAAGGCUUCAGUCCAGUCUUAUUGAACACGUAGCGGUGCCAAAACUGAAAAUAAUAAUAAAAAUGAAAGGGUUUAUAGUUUUUGCGGCGAUCAUUUUAGUAAUGGCCACAAAGGAAGUUCUGGCUGAAGAAAUGAUGACGCUACCAAUGGGUCUAUUACUCGAGACCAUCGAACCGUAUGCCAGGGAAUGUGAGCCCAAACCUGAAAGAGUGCACGCGGAAGAACUCUUCUUGAAUAAAGAGGACGCGCAUCCCAUAACGAAAUGUUUGCGACGUUGUCUCAUGGACCAAUUUGACUUAUUCGUAGAGGAUAGCACGGAUGUGAAAACGGAGAAGCUUGUAAGCUGGCUGGUGCUGCUGUAUACCGACAAAAUGGACGAACUCAACGAAAUCUCCAAUGGUUGUAAUGAGAAAAAUGUUGAAAUGGGCAUAACUGAUAAAUGCGAAGUUGCGCACUCAUAUGCCAUGUGCAUGCUGAAGGAAAUGCAAGAGCGCGAAUAUGAAAUACCCGAAGUGGAGCAAUGAUGGGCCAUAAAAAAUUGUGGAAUUUUGAAAUUUAUGUACAUGUAUUAAAUUACUAAUCCUAUGCAAGCAAUGCUCAAAAUAUGAAUUUGAACUUCAUUAGUGGAAGUGUCGAAAGCCGGUAAAUCGCUGGCACAUGUAUACAUCGUUUUCCAGAUCUCGGAGUUCAACAACGCUCUUAUUUUUCAUGACUUGGCCUAUCCGGAAUGUGAUACUCGCUGUUGGUUAAUGGAGUCGCUGAGUUUAGAGAUAAGAAGCUUCUUCUGAAAACACUACCUACUUUCGACGGUACCCGAAAGAAUCCAGAAUUACACAUCGUUAACAAGUACAGUUAACAGCUAGACCAGCUCCUCACAUGUAUCUUCAGUUUUUGAAAAAUCGAAAUGAAGGGAGAAUAUUUGCAGUCACAAGUAGCUUAUGAACUCAACCACAUCUAACACCGUUAUAAUAAAAUGUUUAUCUACAAACUCUAAUGGUAUUUUAAAGCAUAGCAUGUCAUGUCCAUCUAAAUACUUUGACUGAUUAC